GACGAGGGAAACCACUUUCAUAUCAAGUGAUGGCGAGUGCAGAACUAACGCAUUAGCGAAGGAAUUGUCGCCAUUAAGGUGUGAACCCUUGUUUUGUAUAGUCAAAGAAGACAGUAUUUAUCAACAUUCACGGAUAACCAAAAAAAAAAAAAAAAGUACACACUGCAGAGUGUAUCAAGUGUUGUGAACAGAGUUAUCUACCAUCCUUCUCAGUUACAUCGUGUUUCAAGAGUGAAGAGAGUUUAGUAUUAUCACUAAUUUUCAAAAACAUUCAGGAAAAGAAAAUGAAUGGCGAUAAUUGAAAGGAAAUCUGUCAUCAGGAAACAAAUGUGCAGAUGGACGAACCCCCCUAGAACAACAUGUCCUUACACGAGGACCAUAACCUAAACUUUACUGAAAGGGAAAGUGAUUCUGAUAUUCUGUCCGAAGAGGUCAUUUUAAAUCGGAAAAAUGACGAAAAUGCCAUGUUAUUACUUCCGGUAAUUUGUUAUGUUUCUCUCUUGAUCAUCGUUGGAGGUAUUGGAAACAGCAUUGUAUUUUAUGUCUACAAAACCAAAAGUAAGUCAACAACGAAGAGAGUUUUCAUUUCCGUGUUGGCUGUAUUCGAUCUCAUGAACUGUCUAAUAGUGAUGCCUUUUGAAAUUUAUGACCUUAGAAAUCAGUACAAAUUCCUGUCAGAGGAAUUCUGCAAGUCUAUGAGAUUCGUGGAAUUCGCCAUUGUUCUUGCCGCCGGGUUCACACUUGUAGCUGUUGCUAUUGACAGGUACAUGAACUUGUGCGUGAGAAGUUCACGAAUUCUGUUCACGCCAAGGCGGGCCAAAAGAGCUUGCUUCAUCUGUGUGGGACUAAGUAUAGUAUUCUCCUGGCCGACCGUGAUGUUUGCGGGACUCGUAGUCUCGCCUGUGCGAGAGGCAAACGUGUCAAUCAAUGGUUUUGAAUGUUCCAGCUUUAGUGAUGAAUCCAUAAACGCAAGGAUAUAUCUUUACAUCCUGAAUAUAGUGUUUAUACUCUCUCUUGUGUUGAUGAUCAUCCUAUACAGCACGAUAGGCAUGACCUUGUAUCGAAGAAGGAAAGGGUCUGUUCACGACGGACUGAUUUUCAUGAAUGAUGCAUCGGAAUCUACAAAAAUCCAGAAGAGCCACUCGAACAUGAACGUGGAGCGUUGUGGAUUCGCUAUAGGGAAAAUGGGCGUUCGCAUGACAGGCUCAACGCUCAUUUUCUAUUCUGUUACAAUUGUGUUUAUUAUUGGAUUUCUGCCUCAUUUGAUAACGAGGGUCCUGAAGAUCACGCACACUGCCUUCGUGGAGGUUAAUAAUAGAGAUGGCGUAGAAGUGGCCUAUAAUAUGCUGAUAAGGUCGUAUAUGAUCAAUUCGGCAGCUAACCCUUUUAUUUACAGUAUUAUCCAUAAACGAUUUAGACAGGAAAUUGUCCGAACGUGCCGGAAAUGUGCGAGACUGUUCAGGACAGAUUGAAGGGUUUUGAAAUAUAAUCAAGUUGUCGAUGUGGGAAUUGUGAUAAAAUUGUGUACAAUGUAUAAUACAUGUAAUAGGUUUUUUUUUUGGUGUUUUUUUUUUUUAAUUUUGUACACUGAGACAUUAUCGUAUUGUAUUUUACUAGUUUAAGGUCAUGGGAUACCCAAAAAAAUCUGUUACAAAAUUUUGUAAAACUUUUUCUAAAUGUUUUGAUAUUGCUAAAAACUUAUAUUCACCAUAGAAUUUUCCUAUGAAACCACGCACCUUUAUUGUUUUGUAUUAUUCACAAAUCUUUACGCGAAAAUUCAAUGGAAAAAACAUGACACAAAACUUGAAUUUUUUAACAAAUAAACGAGCAUCUUUUCAUUGAUGCAUUUCACAUAUCGAUGACAGAUUUACAUUGUUAUUUCAUCAAAUAAUAUGAUUUUAUAACAAAGUUUAAGAAAUGCUGUGUUUACGUGAAUUCUCUAUUAUAUGAUAAAAAAAAACCCCCAAACAAUUUAAUUUGGUCAUUAAUGCAUUAAAUGCACCAAUAGAAGGACAUUUUGAAGGAUUUAAAUUUGUGAGUAUCCCAUGUCCUUAAUUUGAGGUCAUGUGAUGGAUUUUCAACCUGUUUUUCAAUAAAAUUUGAAACCAAGGUAAAAGCGAAAAUAUAAACGUCAUCAGACACAAAGUAAU